AAUGUUAUCUGAGAAGUGUGAUUAGAAAGGAAGAUUUUUUAGCCCGAGUUUGUAGUUCAGUUUAAAUGCUGCAUUGAUGAAAGUAAAAUAUUUGCUGUCUAUUGCAAUACAAAUUUUAAAAUUACUUAGUUGACUCGUGAAGAAGAUAUUUUUUAAACAUGGUAUUUAUCACAAUGAAAAAUUUCAAACUUCUUUUCAUCUUGAGCUUCAUCAGUACAGCUUUCUCAGACAGAGUGGUUAUGACCAAUAGUGGACCAGUACAAGGCAUAACUGUUUCAUCAGAGCCAGAAAUAGAGGCCUUUCUAGGCAUUCCUUAUGCCGAGCCUCCUGUCGGUAGACUGAGAUUCAUGAAACCAGUUCCGAAACGUUCCUGGUUCGGAGUAUAUGAUGCUUCAAAAUUAGCACCAACUUGCAUACAGAAUGCUUCACAAUAUUAUUACAUGCCUAACAUAGAGAAUAUGACAGAAGACUGUUUGUAUUUGAAUAUGUGGGUUCCCUAUUCGAAAAAAAGAAAUAACCUGAAACCUGUAAUUUUUUUCAUCCAUGGUGGAGCUUUUAAUCUUGGUUCUUCUAACAUGCGUGUUUAUGAUGGAACUAGGAUGGCAAGCCGUGGAGAUGUUAUAGUCGUUACCAUAAAUUAUCGGGUUGGUGUAAUGGGCUUUUUUUCCGCUUUCACGGAGGAAGUUGAAGGAAAUAUGGGUGCUUAUGAUCAAGUUUUAGCAUUAAACUGGGUUUACAAUAAUGCUGAAGCUUUUGGAGGUAAUCCUCAUCACAUUGUUUUGAUAGGCGAGAGCGCAGGUGCAAUGUCUGUUUCGGGACAUCUUGCUGCUAAUUUAACGAGGCAUCUCUUCAAACGAGUCAUCUUGCAGAGUGGAGCAGGCAUACAACCAAUGAGUUUGGAUGAAGAUGGACGGCUUUAUAAACUUUCGCAAAGAUUAGCCACGAUGGUGGGUUGCGCCGAUAAGAAUACUACGCUGAGAACAGAUCCCCGACUCAUCGUGAGUUGCUUGAGAAGAUUACCAGCUAGGACACUAUCCGCUGCUGAAGGUAUUUUGAUGAAGAUCCAUCCAAUAACAUUCCUUCCUCGGAUAGGCGUUCCUAAUAUGCCAAAAGCAAUUGUCUACAACCUUCUGGAAGGGAAUUUUAAAGAUACAGAAAUGCUGAUUGGUAUAAAUAAAAAUGAAGGUACAUUCUUUCUCUCUGCAGCCGCUCCUGAUUAUUUUGGAGUGUAUGGAAAAGACAAUAUCAAGACAGUAAGUAGAAGAAUGGCUUAUCAAAUAACACGAUUCAUCUACAAGAACACCGAGCAGAAGGAUGAAGGGAAAAUCGCUGACUUUUAUGUGAACAGUGUUAAAAAUGGGACUUCGGAUGCUUACACACAAGCAAUGAGCGAUUCGCUUGGAGACUACUUGAUAACGUGCGGGUCUGUCUUUAACGCUGAAAUACAUUCCUUACGUAAUCCUGUGUAUUUCUACGUAUUCAGUCACCGCCCUUCUUCUACACCAUUAGCAGAAUGGAUGGGAUGCACUCAUUUUGAUGAAAUGGAAUAUGUAUUCGGGAAUCCAUUACAUGCAAAUUUCACCCCAGAAGAGGAGCAACUGACCGAACGAAUAAUGGAUAGAUGGUUAGCCUUUGCUAAAACAGGCAAUCCAAAUAUUCCCGGAACACUAAGAUGGCCGGAGUUCACAUUUGAACAACCAGAAUACUUGGACAUCGAUGUUGAAGAAAGUGUACGUCUCAGACCAGACAGGUACAGAUGCGAGUUUUGGAGAGAUCGUUUCAAGUCUGUUAUCGAUGCAAAUGUUAUUCAAGCAGUGCGUGGAUCACGUUCUACCGCAUUCACCUCAGCACAUAAUAACUUCCUAAUAGGAUUAUCUUCAGCACAUGGCAAAUUCCCUUCAUUUAGUUGUUUAGUAAUUUCCAUGAUGUGGGUUUUAGUCUACGCUAAUUAUUUUUCAACAAUGCUGGGGGAGAAAAGAGGGAAACUAGUCAUUUAUACUAUACUCAGGAGAUGGGUAUUUAUUAUUCUGACAAAUGUCAAAUUCCUUUUUAUCUUAAACUUCAUCAAUAUGGCUUUAUCAGAUAGAGUAGUUAUGACCAAUAGUGGACCAGUACAAGGAAUAACAGCUUCAUCAGAGCCAGAAGUAGAAGCCUUUCUAGGCAUCCCUUAUGCCGAGCCCCCUGUCGGUAGAAUGAGAUUCAUGAAACCAGUUCCAAAACGUUCCUGGUUCGGAGUGUAUGAUGCAUCAAAAUUAGCUCCAACUUGCAUACAGAAUGCUUCAGCACAAUAUUAUUAUAUGCCUGACAUCGAGAAUAUGACCGAAGACUGCCUAUAUUUGAAUAUGUGGGUUCCCUACUCUAGAAAUGGAACUGACUUAAAACCUAUAAUUUUCUUCGUUCAUGGUGGAGCUUUCAACAUGGGCUCUUCUAACAUGCGCAUUUAUGAUGGAACUAGGAUGGCAAGUCGUGGAGAUGUUAUAGUCGUUACCAUAAAUUAUCGUGUUGGUGUAAUGGGCUUUUUUUCCGCUUUCACGGAGGAAGUUGAAGGAAAUAUGGGUGCUUAUGAUCAGGUUCUAGCAUUAAAAUGGAUUUACAACAAUGCUGAAGCUUUCGGAGGUAACCCUCAUCACAUUGUUUUGAUAGGUGAAAGUGCAGGUGCAGUGUCAGUUUCCGGACAUCUUACAACAAAUAUAUCAAAACAUUUCAUCAAAAGGGUCAUUUUGCAGAGUGGAUCUAGUAUACAACCAAUGAAUUUCGACAAAGAUGGACGGCUUUAUAAAUUUUCACAAAGAUUGGCCACCCUGGUUGGUUGUGCGUACAAGAAUAUUACGCUGAGAACAAAUCCGCGACUCAUCGUCAGUUGCUUGAGAAGAUUACCGGCUAGGGCACUUUCCGCUGCUGAGGGUAUUUUGAUGAAGAUCCAUUCCAAUAACAUUCCUUCCUCGGAUAGGCGUCCUGAUGUGCCAAAAGCAAUUGUUUACAAUUAUCUGGAAGGGAAUUUUAAAGACACGGAAAUGUUAAUUGGGGUUAACAAAAAUGAGGGUACAUUCUUUCUCACUGCAGCUGCUCCUGAUUAUUUUGGAGUGUAUGGAAUAGAUAAUAUUAAGACAGUAAGCAAACGAAUGGCUUAUCAAAUAACACGAUUCAUAUACAAGAACACAGAGCAGACGGAUGAAGGGAAAAUCGCCGACUUUUAUGUGAACAGUGUUAAAAAUGGGACUUCGGAUGCUUAUACUCAAGCGAUGAGUGAUUCGCUUGGAGACUACUUGAUAACAUGUGGCUCUGUCUUUAACGCUGAGAUAUGUUCUUUACGUAAUCCUGUGUUCUUCUACGUAUUCAGUCACCGCCCUUCUUCUACACCUUUAGCAGAAUGGAUGGGAUGUACUCAUUUUGAUGAACUAGAAUAUGUAUUCGGGAAUCCAUUACAUGGAAAUUUCACCCCAGAAGAGGAGCAACUGAGUGAACGACUCAUGGAUAGAUGGUUAGCCUUUGCUAAAACAGGCAAUCCAAACAUUCCUGGAACGCUACGAUGGCCACAGUUCACGCUUCAACAACCAGAAUACUUAGACAUCGAUGUUGAGGAAAGUGUACGUCUCAGACCAGACAAGUACAGAUGCGAGUUCUGGCGAGAUCGUUUCAAGUCUGUUAUCGAUGCAAAUGUUAUUCAAGCAGUGCGUGGACCACGCUCUACCUCAUUCACCUCAGCACGUAGCGACUACAUAACCACGUUAUCCUCAGCGCAUAGCAGCUGCUCUACGUUUAUUUCCUUAUUAAUUUCAACGAUAUGGGUCUUAAUGUACGCCAAUUCGUUUUAAGCGUUGUUGAAGGAAAAACGGGGGGGGGGGAACGAGUCACUUAGUAACACUCAGCAAGUGAAACCACUGUACUUUAAACCAAACAUGUCAUCAUCUAGUAUUUCUUGGAGCUAUAGACAAUUUGAUUCUGUAUAUAGUCUUACUGUAAUAGAGUAGAACCUGCUGCUGUUUAAUAUUCAGCAAUGAUGUAUCCUGAAUCUUGAAAUAUUUUUAUUUCCCAUAUUCAUUGUUCCCUAAAUCUUAACUGCAGAGUUGUUGAGUUGUAACACACCAACACUGCAGUACAAUGCAAUUUCAACAUACAUUUUUACCCAAAGGGUUAUUAGUCUCGAAAUAGGAUUUUGCGUCAAAUCACUCGAAAUACGUCAUUUCACUUUUCAUUCGAGUCUAUUGCCCUUAAGCAAAACGCAGCAUAUUUAUCUUUCAAAUUGAAUCAGUUUGUUGUGGAUUAAAAAACUAAGAUACUUGAAAACAACGGAGGCAGUUCUUAAGAAUAUUCGUUUAUUACUUUUUAAUAGGAUUAAUUUAAAUAAUAAAAAUACAAUGAAUUCAUGAUCUCUCUAAUGAAAAAUACUCAUUAUUUUCAUGCAAAGAUGUUAUAUAUUUCUUGAUUAUUUAUUUCAUAUUUUGUAAUCCUUUAAUGGAUUUUUGAUUAACAAACUCAGGGAUAUGAAAGCGAGCAGUGACAACACUGUAGAAAUAAAACAUUUUGAUCUCCAGCGUGAGAGACUGUCUAUCGGAAAUUCUAAAGAUAUGCUGUUUUUAAGUAUUUGAUGAUUUUUCUCUUGAAUUGAAUUUUAUGUCACCUAAGUGCGAAGAACGAGAUAGAUGGUAAGUAAAUACACAAAAUGUUAAUAAUAAAAACACAACAAAAAGUUUUUUAAAUCAUUGUACUAAGGAAAUUGAACAUUGAUAUGAUGAACUAAGAAAAACUGAAGCAAAAUUUUUAAAAACUAAUCCCAAUACUUUCCAUUGCAUCGGGAAUUUUAAACAUAUGCUGCUACACAUCUUUUAAAAUUAUUGCGAUUUUGCUGGUGAAUUGUAUAUGGCUCAAAUGCGAAGAAAACGAUUCUUAUUAAAUAAAGCUAAAAUGGUUAAUGGGAGUGAGUGGAAUAGCAGAUUGGUAGCCUGCAAGCUCAGCGAGAUCGUGAAAAACCUUAACAAACCCCUUUGGGCGACAGUUAGAGUCUGGAACCUUUCGGAGUUUUUCUAAAUUUUAUUUUUAGUGUUGAAAUUAUUUUACAUUUUUAUUGUCCAAAAAUACUAAAGUUAUAUUUUUAGUAUUAAAAUUGCACUUUUAGUAUUAAAUUUACAUUACACUUUCAGUGUUAUCUGUUGCUUAAAGACGCGUUAUUUCAUGUGUUACUCUUACUGCAUUGUCAUUUUCCGGAAUAUUGCAUUUUCAGGUCACAUUUGGAUAUGGAAUAAAACAAUCGUUCUAAAUUUCCAGCUGUACGAGAAAAUUGCACUAUGUUUACAAUAUUACUUACAAACAUACUUAAUUGGCAUUUUAAGUACAGCCAAAUCAUCGGGAGCAGGAGACAAGUAUUUUAUGAAUUGCAAUACAAACCCACAAAUCACCUUCAAUACCUCAUCGCUAUUGCUAUUUAACCAAUCGUUGUUUUUUAAAAGUAUUAUCCAUACAGCAUACCGCCCAUACAGCAAACAUCUAGAAGAAAUGUCGAUACCGAGCAAUAAGAAAUAUCAAUACUUAAGCUCAUAAUCUUGUUUUAGAUAAAAUUAUAAAUAUUAUUGGAUUAAUAUCACGUCAGCAUUUUACACAAGUACUAGCAAGUCCGAAGUCCUAGCAAAUAUUUUGUAAAGAACGGUUUAUUUUUAUUCUAGUGGAAUUCUGUUUUAUUGAAAGUUCUUCAAUUCAGGUUUAAUUCAAGCAUUUUUUAUUUUCAUAAAGGAUAAUAAAAGAUGCUUUCUUAGUGUUAACUAAGCAACUUACUUAACAUACUGAAUUAUAGUACAAAUAUCCAUUAGUUUAGUCUAAUUGUUUGUAAAAUAAUUGUUGUUUUUUAAACAGAUUCAUACAACCUAAUUGAUUUCUGUAUUGUAAUUUGAUUGUUAUAUUGGAUUUCUGUGUAAUUGCAAUAAACUGUUAAAUUUGCUAAGACGUGUAUGGUAUCACUGAAAAAUACGUAAAUUUUUAGCCCAAAGAGCGUUAGCCCAGAAGGGCUACUAAUUUCGUUUCAGCAUUCAUUCACUGUAAACGGCGAAUCAUUUUCUGAAUUGUUGCCACCAAAUAUUAGAGCC